AUGGGAUAUUAAGCUUACUAGCCUCCAAUAGAUACAAAGCAUUAUAGUAAUCUAGCGAUUGUACUAACUUUUAUUGGAUUCUGUUUCCUAUCAUAUUUUGUUAUUUACUAAGUUACAUAGAAUAAAUAAUAAAGAUCAUUGGCCAAAGAAUUAUCAGUCGGUUUGUUUGCUUCAUUAUUUUUAUCCUCAGGAACAUUGUUUAGCUUCUUAGCAUUAGGAUUAUUUUUUUGAAUGAAUAUUAUAUGCAAUCUAAUAGAGAUUUGGUUUAUCACACAUC